AUGUGUAACGCUCUUUUCGUCUCUCCCACCUUCGCGUUCCACGCCUUCACACCCCCGGCCAACACGAAUGCGACUACAUGCGCCAUGCAGGGCGCUACUCUUGACGCCCUUAGCCAAUGGAGUGUUGAAGGUGUGUGCGUGUGUGUGGUGCGCAUCUACGACCACAUGAAGAAAGCCGAAGCCAUGGAUAACGCAGCACUCGAUAUGUCCUUCAAGUCGCUAUCUCCGAUGAGCACCAUGGAGAUGGCAUAUCAGGCUGCCCUCUCUCUUUACCCUUCUCAUGGAGACGGCGCCAAAAAUGCCAUUUCUGCCCUUGCUUCAGCUGCAGCUGCAGCUGGAGUUUCGUCUCCACUUGUCGCCUCUCAUUCAUCGGUGUCUACCAAGGAGAAUCCAGUCGUGGAAUUGAUUGAUCGUCAUUUGUGGAGAAGUUUCCAUGCCUACGAAACGGAAAUGGUUAUCACCAAAAGUGGUCGGUAA